AUGGAGAUUGUCCAGCUGUAUGUUGUGUUGAUUUCUGUGCGGCACAUCCGUGCUGUGACCUGGCUGCAUCUGGCAAAGCAGCCCUCCCUGCGAGGGACCCUGCAAGAUUCCAGUGCCUGUGAGGGCUUGAAGGGCCUGGCGGAGGAGCAGGUGCGAAUCUGCCAGCGGCAAGCGGAAGCCAUGGACUCAGUGAAGCACGGAGCAGAGCUGGCCAUAGAGGAGUGUCAGCACCAGUUUCACAACCGUCGAUGGAAUUGCUCCACUCUGCAGGGGCUACAGGUCUUUGGCAAGGUUGCCAUACAAGGUACACGAGAAUCUGCUUUCAUUCAUGCCAUCUCAUCAGCGGGAGUGGCAUUCGCUGUGACCCGGGCCUGCAGCCGUGGGGAGCUGGAGAAGUGCGGAUGUGAUCGCAAGAUCCGUGGAGUCAGCGCAGAAGGAUUCCAGUGGUCAGGCUGCUCUGACAACCUGUCCUAUGGUAUUGCCUUUUCUCAAGCCUUCGUGGAUAACCCUGAACGGAGCCAUGGUGUCUCGUCCAGCCGAGCACUCAUGAACCUGCACAACAAUGAGGCUGGUAGGAAGGCCAUCCUGUCCCACAUGAAGGUAGAGUGCAAGUGUCAUGGAGUGUCAGGUUCCUGCGAGGUCCGCACCUGCUGGAAGGUGAUGCCCCCAUUCCGCAAGGUGGGCAAUGUCCUGAAAGAGAAAUUUGAGGGGGCCACAGAGGUGCACCCCAAGCGGGUUGGUUCCCGCAAGCUCCUGGUGCCCAAGAGCUCCCGCUUCAAACCCUACACAGCUCACGACUUGGUCUACCUGGUGGCCAGCCCAGACUUCUGUGACCGGGACACCCACAGCGGGGUCUUUGGCACCUCCGGACGCCAGUGCAACCGGACGUCCCACGCCAUGGAUGGCUGCGAGCUGCUGUGCUGCGGGCGAGGCUUCCGCACGGCCCAGGCCGAGAUGGUGGAGAGAUGCAGCUGCAAGUUCCACUGGUGCUGCUCAGUCAAGUGUAAGCAGUGCCACCACCUUGUGGAGGUGCACACCUGCCGGUGA